UAUGCGAGCAGCACAUAAAAAAAAGUUAGAAGCAUUGCAAAAUUCCAUUCGUUUGGAAGAUGAUUCUGAUGAGGAAGAAGAUGAAGUUUUUGAAAUAAAUGAAGAUGAGAUAGAUGCUCUUGAAAGAAAACACUUAAAAAGAGCAAUGGCUGAAAGCAGAAAUAUGGAAUUUAUGGAGCAGCAGCGUAGACAUUCUGUUUCCGGAGAUCUACCAAGCUUGACUUUUAAAGCCGGAGGAAGCAGCUCGAAUACAAAAGGAAGUAAAAGAAAUUUUUUCGAAAGCUCUAUGAAAAAGACAGAAGGUUUGCAUCAAAAAAAACUUGAUCCAUACAUGUUUCAAUCGAAGAAUAAGUCUUUGAAAAAUAUGUUUUCAAAAGAUAAUGCAAAAAAAAGUGGGUAGAGCAAUUUCGAAAUUUUUUCAUUUUAAUGCAAUACCAUUUCACGCUGCCGAUAGUGGUCCUUACUACCAAACGAUGAUUGACACGAUUGCAUCGGUUGGACCUGGAGUUAAAGGACCUACUGGUAAACAAAUUGGUGGUGAAUAUUUAAACGAGGAGAUGCAAGAAGUUGUACAGUAUGUUGAUUCUUUAAAGCAGAAAUGGAAAACAUACGGAUGUACAAUUAUGUGUGAUGGUUGGAGUACUCGUACAAAACAUCCAAUCAUAAAUUUUAUGGUGUACUGUGAUAGAGAUAUGAUAUAUCACAGUUCGGUUGAUUGUACAAAUAAGGCGAAGACUGCGGACUUUGUCUACACCCUAAUGGAUAAGGUGGUGGAAUCAGUAGGGGUUGACAAUAUUGUACAAAUUGUAACUGAUAGUGAAGCUAGUAUGAAGGCGGCUGGGAAAAAACUGAUGAGGAAAAGGAAGCACAUUUUUUGGUCUCCAUGCGCAGCGCAUUGCAUUGAUUUGAUGUUAGAAGACAUCGGAGAUAUAUUGUCAGUGAAAGAUACGAUAAAAGAAGCCAGAAGAAUUACAGGAUUUAUAUACAACAGUGAUAAAGUGGUUAAUUUGAUGAAAACAUAUACGAAUGGCCGAGAUCUGUUGCGACCAGGCAUAACAAGAUUUGCAACCGAGUUUGUAGCAAUGGAAAGUCUUCUGAGAUAUGCAACCGAUUUGAAAAGAAUGUGUACUUCUAGAGAAUGGGUUGAGUACAAUAAUACCUCGAGGAGAAGACAUGAAGCCGGAGAUAUAUCAGACUUGAUUUUGAAUGAAAGAUUUUGGAAACGGAUACGCCGAGUCUGUGGGGUCAUGGAACCCUUAGUGAAGGUUUUAAAAGUAGUUGAUCAAGAUAAAAAACCUACACUACCUAUCAUUUAUGAGGCAAUGGAUAGGGCAAAAAUGGCAAUAAAAACCGCGGUGAAAGAUUUUCAACAAUAUUGGGAUAUCAUCGAUGAAAGAUGGUAUAAUCAAUUGCAUCAAGAUUUGCAUGCAGCAGCUUAUUUUUUAAAUCCUGGUCUUCAAUACUCCGGCACUUGUGAAUUUGAUUCAUCGGAGGUUCGAAAAGGAGUAAAAGAAGUUAUCAAAAGACUCGAGCCAGAUUUGGAUAUACAAGUAAAGGCUAUGAAUGAGAUAAACAUAUUUGUUAACAAAAUUGGAGAGUUUGGAAGUGCACUUGCUAUUAGAGCUGUAUCUACAUCUUUACCAGCUGACUGGUGGAAUAUGUACGGUGAUGAAGCUCCUAAUUUAAGAAAAAUUGCAUUAAAAGUUUUGAGUCAAACUUGCACAUCAUCGGGUUGUGAGCGGAAUUGGAGUACGUGGGCUUUGAUCCAUACUAAACUUCGGAAUAGAUUAGCUAUUGAGAAACUGCAUAAGCUAGUCUAUGUCCACUACAACAUGCGUCUUCGGGUAAAAAAUUUUAUGCAAAGGACAGACACAGACGAUUUUUAUGACCCAAUUGAUUUGAAUCAUAUUUUUGAUGAAAAUGAUAUUUUAGAUGAAUGGGUUAGAGAAAAUGAAUCUCCACUUAUUCGUGAUAGUGAUUUGAAUUGGUUGGAUGAGGCUAUUGAAGAAAGUGGAGAUCGAGGUCAAAGUGAGCAUAAUGAUCAUGACAGUGAUAUGCUUUUAUCUCAAUUUAUAGCUGAUGGAAAAAAGAAGGCGAAAGAGAAAAAAUCAGAAAACAAAAAUACGGCCAAGAAUAAAAAAUGGAAGCUACAGGGAUAG